CAGCACUCCCACCUACAGUACACGUACAACCACCGAACAUCAACUUCAACAUGUCUGGCACAUCCCCCAACCCCACUGGCUCCAACGCCCACUCCUCCGCUGUCGGCCGUGGCAUCGACCCGACGCAGAACCGCCAGUCAGAGCGCGCGACCACCGAGUCCGCAGCGCCCACCAACGAGUCCUACCCGGAACAGAAGCACGCAGGAGCCGUAGGCUACGGCCCUGCCUAUCAUAAUGGUCCCACCACCGGCGACAAGCUGACUGGCCUGAAGGAGCAGGUCAAGGGCAAGGUUACCGGGAACCCGGACCUCGCGCGUAAGGGUGUAGAGCGCCGCACUGGCGAAUUGCAAAAGCGCGAGCAGGAGGCGGACGAGCAGGACAACCCAUUCGGCCAGGGCGCGACUGCAUCUGGUGGUAAGGAACACCAGCACCACGUCGACCGCGCGGCGACUGUGGCGCCUGAGGGCACUGAGCAUGCUGAGCAUCAGCGCCGUGGCGGCAACACCGACAAGGUGAAGCACAUUGGCUAAACGAUCAACGGGAAGGAAUAGGAAGAAGAUCAUGUACCAUACCUAUUGUACACAUCACCAUAAUCACCAGCUAAUCAUGCCUUGGCCACU